AUGAAUCUUAGUAGUACAACGACGAAUAGUUUGCCUAUGGACAUGAAUCAAUUUUUUAUCUGUCGAAAUGGCGACCGUACGCCUUGGACGUCCGUCUGUAAUGGUUCUUCUCAGUGCUCCGACGGGUCCGACGAACAGAAUUGUGAUAUUUAUGCGUGUCUGCAAGGAAAUAAUGUGAGCUGUAAGAUUGCUUGUGCAACAUAUGGCCGAGUGACGUGUUUAACAUAUCUGAAUGUACGAGCAUGUGAGCACUAUACUCGAAAAUAUACGACUACAAUGUAUACAGAUGAAAGUUCAACAAAAGAAGCGUUUAUUUAUAUUGAUGAUUUGGAUAUGUUUCGAUAUUCGGUUUACUUGGCCAUUGGCAUUGUGGUUUUUAUUUGUAUACUUUCAAUAUUGAUCUAUUUCGCUCGGAAAAAGCCUUCCGAACUGUUUUCAUCCUGUUUGAACAAAUCACAUUUUAAUCGCAAAUCGACUGCUCGACUAUCAGCUGUACUACGAGAACAUCAAUCAUUAUCAUCGCCAUCAUCUGCAAAUGUAGCCCGAUCACGUUAUGCACCGCCGCCCAACAUUCAUGACUACACUCGAGAAAGUUCCACGUCAAGUAACGAUCAUUACGAACCCCCAUUCUACUCAGGCCCAUGUUUAUUGUCUUCGAUAAAUUAUUCGGAUUCCAUCUACUAUGAAACAAUCAAAACGCCAUCAACAUCAAAUUCAAUGUCAAUGUUACAACCAUUGCCUCUGCCUGAGCCACAAGAUGAUCUUUAUAUGCGAACACAUUGUGUAUGA